UCACAGCACGCCCUCCGCCACACCGAGUAAAGUUUGUUUGUUUUUCAACGAUUUCAAAAAUCCCUGUCUGUUCGUCGACAAGCAGAUCACGCCCGCGCCGUGUCCGACCUUAGAACCCGAUCGGCUCCUCCCUAGCUUUACUCUGACUGGGCAGUUUUUCGAAGUAUAAAAUUCCCAGGCUCGUCGUUAACCAUGGCCAAGCCACUCUUCAGAGAGUGCGCUUGCGCAAUGAGGUGUGGGAAUUUCCAGCAGUAGGACGGAAAAGCUUGGAGUUGGAUCAGAAAAGGCCCAGCAUCAUGAUUGUGCCCCUCUCUGCCCAGUGACCUUGAACUCACCUCCGGGCACUUCUCAGGACCACCAAAUUGUCAACCACCAGCCCCCUCUGGCCUCAUCUCAUUCCCCACAUUUUCCCUGGAGAGACCACAUGGACUGACAGCUAAAAUAAAUAACCAGAGAUGCCCAAAAGCAGAUGGUGGGCCUACAGGCAAGAGCCUAACCACCCCAACCAGGAAGCAGUUAAAUUCAAAUCCUACCAAUCCCCUCUCAUCUAAAGCAUAGUGAGGGCUUCCUGAUUGAGCUCAGCGGUGCAUUUUUCAAAAUCCUCUGUGGAGUGUAUUUGUGUCUGUCCUGAGAUGUCAGCAGAGAGGGGCUGCUGAAAGUGUCAUCCUGGGCAUGAGAGAGGGAGUGAGGAAGGGGUGUCACGGCUGAAGCAGUCUACUGCCGCGCCGCCAAUGGAUGCCAAACUGCAAGAGGACCUGUUCCGGAGGUACGUGGCGUGCCUGGAGAGGCGGCUGGAGGACGGUGGGGGGAAUGCGGUGCCAGGGGGAGGCACCUCGGAGUGGGGCAGCGAGGCCCUACUCUCCACAGCCACAGCCCUGCUGGGGGCCUACCAACCAGACCCGGGCCAGAGGUUCCGCAUGGUGCGUUUCUAUGAGGUGGUGGAGAACGCCAUUCGCUGCCUGAGAGGCUGCAGUCUGCGGUGCCUGGAGAGAGCCUUCCUCACCCUGGAGACUGUUUGCACCAACCUGCUGCUCUUCCCCUGGAAGAAAGAGUUCCGCUGCAUCAAGACCUUCACAGGCCCGUACGUCUACCUUCUCCAGUCUGCCGUGUGCGAUGCUGAUCUCCGCUCCCUCCUGCGUUCUAUGGGCUACUCCCGUGACCAUGAGCUCCAGUUCCACGUCCGGGACCACGCUUGUGGCCCGGCCCACCUCCGACAGCUAGCCUUUGAGCUCUUCCUGGCCCAGGCCGAGUGUCGUCUCUUGGGGGAGGUGGUGACUCUGGCCCGGGGCUCAGCCUCUGAGCUGGAAGCCCUGGAGCAACGGAGGGGCUGCCGGGAUGACGCGGCCGGCUGUGCUGAGGUCCUCCGACGGCGAGACAGCCUCGGGGCCGACAUGACCCGCCUCUCGGUGCGACCGAUGGCCAUACCUCACCAUCUGAGGAGAGGGGGAAGGCCGUCCAAGUCAGUGGAUGUUACGGAUGGAGCUGGCAAUUGGCACGCGGCCUCUAAGCCUGUCCUGAAAGCCUCUCUGAGCCUGAGGAAGGAGCCGCUGUUUGUGGACGUGGAAGAGGACAUGAAGGAUGAGAUCAUCAGGCCCAGCACAUCCAUGUUCUCUGUGGCUGACCCACCUUCCUACAACCCUGUGGCUGACUUCUUCCCUAUCCAAUCACCUCCUUCGGUCGACGCUUACUCCUCCUACCACCUCUCCUCAUUGGAUGAGAUUGAUCUGUACACAGAGAGGGGUGGGCCUAGGGUCGGAGGUCGACAGACACCUUCCAGACCUCCAUCCAGGGAGCCCCGGGAUGCCAGGGACAGCUGGGCACUCAAAACCCACAUUGGACUCACCUCUCCGGGGGUGAAGUGUCAGGGUUGUGGCCUGGGCUGCUCCAGUCUGGCCUCCUGCCCCAGGUGUGAAAUGAUCCUGUGCCAGGCCUGUCACGACAUCGACCCCUCCCCCUGUUGCGGCCUGCAGGACUACCCCAACCCCAAAUCACCCCGCCCCGUGGACGGCUACCUCCCCAUCAAGGAGAAGCUGUCAGUCUACUCCAACACCCACUCCCCACACCCCCACAUUCACCCCCUCACUCCCCCUCACCCCCAGAUGGUGGAGAAACCCCUCGUGACCACUAAAAUGUUUCCCUGCAAGUCGGUUGCCAUGGCGUCGGCCAUGGUAGCCAAUAGCGACCGAGCAAGCCUGGGGGGGUCGAGGUGCGGGUUCUGUAACAAGCCGGGCGCGUCACACACCUGCGUGAACUGCUCCAAGGUGUCAUGUGACACGUGCAUGAGCCUGUACGCUAAAGACGUGUGCACCCGUAAAAAACCCCAGCACAGCUUUGUCCCCAACCAUCAGCUCAACUUUAAGUCUGGAACUGUAUCACAUCUGGUCUACCGAUGAGCCAGGAACAACAGGGAGUGGACUCUCUCUUUUCACUCCUCUCUCUCUAUCAUUUCUAUUUACCUCUCUUACCUGCUCCUGUUCUCUCUUCCUCCUCUCAUUACUUUCUCACCCUUCCCUUGAACUCUCCCCCACUCUCUUCCCUCCCUCUAUCAAAUGUAUGGCUCUGGAAUACACAUGAUCAUAGGGAGUCGUAUCUCCUGCCUCAGUCUCUCUGCCUUGUAAAAGAUCAGGCUUUUUUAACUGCUUCCUCUUCUUCCUUACCUCACCACCCCGCUUUAGCUUAGUCACGUGACGUCAUAGUGCUUCCUAACCCCUCAAAUCUAGUCCUCGAAGUGAAACGGGGAAAAAGCCAGAGCCAUCCGGCUCGUAGGAAAACAAAACACAAAUGCUGACUUAACUUCUCAGCUGAGGACACUCCCUGGUAGAUGUGUUAUAGACUUCUGGAAUUGGAUUAUGUUCACUGAGGACCCUUUUUAAACUUGAAAAACCAAUGGGGAAAAAAACAAGAACAGUAAACGUACACUGGAAUUCAAUAGUAUAUAUUUUCAAUGGUUAUUCAUUCUGUAGUUCAAUGUGAUACUGUUGGGUGGGGCUGGGGUGAACGUUUGGGGGAGGGGGUGGUUUAAAGGGAUAUUUUGAGAGACAAUGGUUGGCUGCCAUAAGUCUAUUUAAAGAACAAUGUUUAAAGUGUAUGGCCGAGGUUUACAUGUUGCUGUUGAAAUGUGGAGAAAUUUUGUUUGAUUGACUCCUUACUGGUAGAUAACCUAUUCUUGUAUCAGUUUCUCUAAAUCUGUUACUCUGUCUAUCCAUAUCACUUCCAUAUUCACAACACACCUAACUCCUCAAGCUCAAAGUGCUACUUCGCUGAUAAGUCGCACAGUUUCUAUUGGAGAUGGCUGUUGUUUGGAAAGCCAAUAAACUGUAAAGCACUC